GACGAGGCCAGGCGACUGCCUGAGCUCCAACGUCGCCGUACCUCGCCCUUUAGGGGGUCUCUUGAACUCAGCUACUUCCAGCCUCACCAGGCCUUACAGGAGCUUGACCCCGUGCCGCCUCUCCCUUACGGGAGACGGCCGCCUUAGCCCCUCAUUUUGGUGUUGGUGUCGGCACCUAGGACUCCGUCGCUGCUUAGAGACUAGGCCCAAGAAGGUGAAGACCCCGCUGCCGGAGGACUAAGGACGUGAAACAGGAGAAUCUCACCACUUGGAGCGCCUCUAAGCUCAGAGACACGCCGGCGCGAGAAAAAAAGAGGUAAUGAAAUGGUCUCUGCAAGAUGGUCUAUCUUUGAAUUGGAGAUACUUAAGGCUGACAUAUGCUGGUACUUCAACUCUUAUAAGUGGACUAUAAUUUCUUCUCUUACGACGACUAAAUAAACAGACAAAAUAGCAAAAAUCUGUUCUGUGUCGAGUAUGACUGCCACCACUCGUGGCUCUCCAGUAGGAGGGAAUGACAGCCAGGGCCAGGCUCCUGAUGGACAGUCUCAGCCCCCCUUCCAGAAUCAGGCCUCAUCACCUGAUUCCUUCAAUGAGAAUUCCCCACCAGCUCGUCCAGAUGAACAAGGUCAAGGUGAUGCUCCACCACAGCAUGAAGAUGAGGAACCUGCAUUUCCACAUACUGACCUGGCAAAGUUGGAUGACAUGAUCAACCGGCCUCGAUGGGUGGUUCCAGUUUUGCCGAAAGGGGAAUUAGAAGUGCUUUUAGAAGCUGCUAUUGAUCUUAGUAAAAAAGGUCUCGAUGUUAAAAGUGAAGCAUGCCAACGUUUUUUCAGAGAUGGGCUAACAAUAUCUUUCACUAAAAUCCUUAUGGAUGAGGCAGUGAGUGGCUGGAAGUUUGAAAUUCAUAGGUGCAUUAUUAACAAUACCCAUCGCCUAGUGGAACUUUGUGUGGCCAAGUUGUCCCAAGACUGGUUUCCACUUCUAGAACUUCUCGCCAUGGCCUUAAAUCCUCAUUGCAAAUUCCAUAUCUACAACGGUACACGUCCAUGUGAAUCAGUUUCCACAAGUGCUCAAUUGCCUGAAGAUGAGUUAUUUGCUCGUUCCUCAGAUCCUCGAUCACCAAAAGGUUGGCUCGUGGAUCUCAUCAAUAAAUUUGGCACAUUAAAUGGGUUCCAGAUUUUGCAUGAUCGUUUUACUAAUGGAUCAGCAUUAAACGUUCAAAUAAUUGCAGCCCUUAUUAAACCAUUUGGACAAUGCUACGAGUUUCUCAGUCAACAUACAGUGAAAAAGUACUUUAUUCCAAUUAUAGAAAUAGUUCCACAAUUUUUAGAAAACUUAACUGAUGAAGAACUGAAAAAAGAAGCAAAGAAUGAAACCAAAAAUGAUGCCCUUUCAAUGAUUAUUAAAUCUCUGAAGAAUUUAGCUUCAAGGAUUCCAGGACAAGAAGAAACUGUAAAAAAUUUAGAAAUUUUUAGACUGAAAAUGAUACUCAGAUUAUUGCAGAUUUCUUCUUUUAAUGGAAAGAUGAAUGCACUGAAUGAAAUUAAUAAGGUGAUAUCUAGUGUAUCAUACUAUACUCAUCGACAUGGUCAUCCUGAGGAGGAAGAGUGGCUGACAGCUGGGCGAAUGGCAGAAUGGAUACAGCAGAACAAUAUAUUAUCCAUAGUCUUGCGAGAUAGUCUUCAUCAACCUCAGUAUGUAGAGAAGCUAGAGAAAAUUCUUCGUUUUGUGAUUAAAGAAAAAGCUCUUACAUUACAAGAUCUUGAUAAUAUCUGGGCAGCACAGGCAGGGAAACAUGAAGCCAUUGUGAAGAAUGUACAUGACCUUCUGGCAAAGUUGGCCUGGGAUUUUUCUCCUGAACAGCUUGAUCAUCUUUUCGAUUGCUUUAAGGCAAAUUGGACAAAUGCAAGUAAAAAGCAACGUGAAAAGCUACUUGAGCUGAUACGACGUCUUGCAGAAGAUGAUAAAGACGGUGUUAUGGCACACAAAGUAUUGAACCUUCUUUGGAAUCUGGCUCAUAGUGAUGAUGUGCCUGUAGACAUCAUGGACCUAGCUCUCAGUGCCCACAUAAAAAUACUAGAUUAUAGUUGUUCCCAGGAUCGAGACACACAAAAGAUCCAGUGGAUAGAUCGCUUUAUUGAAGAACUUCGCACAAAUGACAAGUGGGUAAUUCCUGCACUGAAACAAAUAAGAGAAAUUUGUAGUUUGUUUGGUGAAGCACCUCAAAAUUUGAGUCAAACUCAGCGAAGUCCCCAUGUAUUUUAUCGUCAUGAUUUAAUCAAUCAACUUCAGCACAGUCAUGCCUUAGUUACUUUGGUAGCAGAAAACCUUGCAACUUAUAUGAAUAGCAUGCGACUUUAUACUAGAGACCAUGAAGACUAUGACCCACAAACUGUGAGGCUUGGGAGUAGAUAUAGUCAUGUUCAAGAAGUUCAAGAACGGCUUAAUUUCCUUAGAUUUUUACUGAAGGAUGGCCAACUGUGGCUCUGUGCUCCUCAGGCAAAACAAAUAUGGAAAUGCCUAGCAGAAAAUGCAGUUUACCUUUGUGAUCGUGAAGCCUGUUUUAAGUGGUAUUCCAAGUUAAUGGGGGAUGAACCAGACUUAGAUCCUGAUAUUAAUAAGGACUUCUUUGAAAGUAAUGUGCUUCAGCUUGAUCCUUUCCUGUUAACUGAAAAUGGAAUGAAAUGUUUUGAACGAUUCUUCAAAGCUGUUAACUGUCGAGAAGGGAAACUAGUAGCAAAAAGAAGAGCCUAUAUGAUGGAUGAUUUGGAGCUAAUAGGAUUAGACUACCUUUGGAGGGUUGUAAUUCAGAGUAAUGAUGAUAUUGCAAGCAGAGCUAUAGAUCUCCUUAAAGAGAUAUACACAAACCUUGGCCCCAGGUUACAGGUCAAUCAGGUGGUUAUCCAUGAAGACUUCAUUCAGUCUUGCUUUGAUCGCUUGAAAGCUUCAUAUGAUACAUUGUGUGUUUUGGAUGGUGACAAAGACAGUAUUAAUUGUGCAAGACAGGAAGCCAUUCGAAUGGUUCGAGUAUUAACUGUUUUAAGGGAAUACAUAAAUGAAUGUGAUAGUGAUUAUCAUGAGGAAAGAACAAUUCUACCUAUGUCAAGAGCAUUCCGUGGUAAACAUCUCUCUCUUAUAGUUCGAUUUCCAAACCAUGGCAGACAGGUUGAUGACUUGGACAUAUGGUCUCAUACAAAUGAUACAGUUGGUUCAGUAAGACGAUGUAUUCUCAAUCGUAUUAAAGCAAAUGUAGCCCAUACAAAAAUUGAACUCUUUGUGGGUGGUGAAUUGAUAGAUUCUGAAGAUGACAGAAAGCUAAUUGGACAAUUAAACUUAAAAGAUAAAUCAGUAAUUACAGCCAAACUUACACAAGUAAGUUCCAAUAUGCCUUCCAGCCCUGAUAGUUCUUCUGAUUCUUCAACUGGAUCUCCUGGAAACCAUUGUAAUCAUUACAGUGAUGGUCCUAAUCCAGAAGUGGAAAGUUGUUUGCCUGGAGUGAUAAUGUCACAGCAUCCCAGAUAUAUCUCUUUCCUUUGGCAAGUUGCUGAUUUAGGUAGCAAUCUGAACAUGCCACCUCUUAGAGAUGGAGCAAGAAUACUUAUGAAACUUAUGCCACCAGAUAGCACAACAAUAGAAAAAUUAAGAGCUGUUUGUUUGGACCAGGCAAAACUUGGAGAAAAUAACCUUGGACCAUCUCUUGAUUCACUUUUCUUUGGUCCUUCUGCCUCCCGAGUGCUGUACCUAACAGAGGUAGUUUAUGCCUUGUUAAUGCCUGCUGGUGCACUUUUGGCAGAUGAUUCCUCUGACUUUCAACUUCACUUCUUGAAAAGUGGUGGCUUACCCCUUGUGCUGAGUAUGCUAACAAGAAAUAACUUCCUGCCUAAUACAGAUAUGGAGACACGAAGGGGUGCUUACUUCAGUGGUCUUAAAAUAGCCAAACUCUUGUUAACUGCUAUAGGCUAUGGCCAUGUUCGAGCUGUAGCAGAGGCUUGUCAACCAGUUGUAGGUGGUGCAGAUCCCAUAACACCGAUUAACCACAUUACUCAUGAUCAAGCAGUGGUGCUACAAAAUGCCCUUCAGAGCAUUCCUAACCCAUCAUCUGAGUGCAUGCUUAGAAAUGUAUCCAUACGUCUUGCUCAACAAAUAUCUGAUGAGGCUUCAAGAUAUAUGCCUGAUAUUUGUGAAAUUAGAGCUAUACAAAAAAUCAUCUGGGCAUCAGGAUGUGGGACAUUAGAGCUAGUAUUUAGCCCAAAUGAAGAAAUCACUAAAAUUUAUGAGAUGACCACCAAUACAAGCAAUGGGCCAGACAUGGAAGAUGAACAGGUUUGCUGUGAAGCAUUGGAAGUGAUGACAUUAUGUUUUGCUCUAAUUCCAACAGCCCUGGAUGCACUUAGUAAAGAAAAGGACUGGCAGACAUUUAUCAUUGACUUACUGUUGCACUGUCCCAGCAAAACUGUUCGUCAGUUGGCACAGGAGCAGUUUUUUUUAAUGUGCACCAGAUGUUGCAUGGGACACAGGCCUCUGCUUUUCUUCAUUACUCUGCUCUUUACCAUUUUGGGGAGCACAGCACGACAGAGAGGUAAACAUUCAGGCGACUAUUUCACUCUUUUACAGCACCUUCUUAAUUAUGCUUUCAACAGUAAUAUUAAUGUACCCAAUGCUGAAGUUCUUCUCAACAAUGAAAUUGAUUGGCUCAAAAGAAUUAGGGAUAAUGUUAAAAACACAGGUGAAACAGGUGUUGAAGAGCCGAUCUUGGAAGGCCACCUUGGGGUAACAAAAGAGUUGCUGGCCUUUCUAACGCCUGAGAAAAAGUAUCAUGUUGGUUGUGAGAAAGGAGGUGCUAAUCUCAUUAAAGAAUUAAUUGAUGAUUUCAUCUUUCCUGCCUCCAAAGUUUACCUGCAUUGUAUGAGAAGUGGAGAACUACCAGCUGAGCAGGCUAUCCCAGUCUGUAGUUCUCCAGCUACCAUCAGUGCUGGGUUUGAACUACUUGUAGCAUUAGCUGUUGGCUGUGUAAGGAAUCUCAAACAGAUAGUAGACUGUUUGACUGAAAUGUAUUACAUAGGCACAGCAAUAACUACUUGUGAAGCACUUACUGAGUGGGAAUAUCUACCACCUGUUGGGCCCCGCCCACCAAAAGGAUUUGUGGGACUUAAAAAUGCUGGUGCUACUUGUUACAUGAAUUCUGUGAUCCAGCAGCUAUACAUGAUUCCUUCCAUCAGGAACAGUAUUCUUGCAAUCGAAGAACCAGGUAGUGAUACCGAUGAUGAUAUGUUCAGUGAUGAGAAGCAGGACAGUGAGAGUAAUGUUGAUCCCCGAGAUGAUGUAUUUGGAUACCCUCAUCAGUUUGAAGACAAAACAGCAUUAAGUAAAACAGAAGAUAGGAAAGAGUACAAUAUUGGUGUUUUGAGACACCUUCAGGUCAUCUUUGGUCAUUUAGCUGCUUCCCGCCUGCAAUACUAUGUGCCCAGAGGAUUUUGGAAACAGUUCAGGCUUUGGGGUGAACCUGUUAAUCUUCGUGAACAACACGAUGCCUUAGAGUUUUUUAAUUCUUUGGUGGAUAGUUUAGAUGAAGCUUUAAAAGCUUUAGGACAUCCAGCUGUGCUAAGUCAAGUUCUGGGAGGUUCCUUUGCUGAUCAGAAGAUUUGCCAAGGCUGCCCACAUAGAUACGAGUGUGAAGAAUCUUUUACAACUCUGAAUGUAGAUAUUAGAAAUCACCAAAACCUUCUUGAUUCUUUGGAACAGUAUAUCAAAGGAGAUUUAUUGGAAGGUGCAAAUGCGUAUCGUUGUGAAAAAUGUGAUAAAAAGGUUGAUACAGUAAAGAGGUUGCUAAUUAAAAAAUUGCCUCCUGUUCUUGCUAUUCAAUUGAAACGAUUUGACUAUGACUGGGAAAGAGAAUGUGCAAUUAAAUUCAAUGAUUAUUUUGAAUUUCCACGAGAGCUGGACAUGGAACCUUACACAGUAUCAGGUGUUGAAAAGCUGGAGGGAGAUGAUGUAAACCCAGAGAUGCAGUUGUUACAACAGAAUGAGCAAUCUGAAUGUGAGACAGCAGGUAGCACAAAAUACAGACUUGUGGGGGUGCUUGUACACAGUGGUCAAGCAAGUGGUGGACAUUAUUAUUCCUACAUCAUUCAGAGGAAUGGUAAAGAUGGUGAGAGAAAUCGCUGGUAUAAAUUUGAUGAUGGAGAUGUAACAGAGUGUAAAAUGGAUGAUGAUGAAGAAAUGAAAAAUCAGUGUUUUGGUGGAGAGUACAUGGGAGAAGUAUUUGAUCAUAUGAUGAAGCGCAUGUCAUACAGGAGGCAAAAAAGGUGGUGGAAUGCUUAUAUACUCCUUUAUGAACGAAUGGACACAAUAGACCAAGAUGAUGAAAUGAUAAGAUAUAUAUCAGAACUAACUAUCACAAAACCCUAUCAGAUGUCACCAGCCAUUGAGAGAAGUGUGUGGAAACAAAAUGUGCAGUUCAUGCACAACCGAAUGCAGUACAGUUUAGAAUAUUUUCAAUUUGUGAAAAAACUGCUUACGUGUAAUGGAGUUUACUUAAGCCCUGCUCCAGGACAAGAUCACUUGUUGCCUGAAGCAGAAGAAAUCACUAUGAUUAGUAUUCAGCUUGCAGCUAGAUUCCUCUUUACCACUGGAUUUCACACCAAGAAAAUAGUUCGUGGCCCUGCCAGUGAUUGGUAUGAUGUAUUGUGCAUUCUACUCCGUCACAGCAAGAACGUACGUUUUUGGUUUGCUCAUAAUGUCCUUUUCAAUGUUUCAAAUCGUUUCUCUGAAUACCUUCUUGAGUGCCCUAGUGCAGAAGUGAGGGGUGCAUUUGCAAAACUUAUAGUAUUUAUUGCACAUUUUUCUUUGCAAGAUGGGCCUUGUCCUUCAUCUUUCACAUCUCCAGGACCUUCUAGUCAGGCAUGUGAUAACUUAAGCUUGAGCGAUCACUUACUAAGAGCAGUAUUAAAUCUCCUGAGAAGGGAAGUUUCGGAACAUGGCCGUCAUUUACAGCAGUAUUUCAAUCUGUUUGUAAUGUAUGCCAAUUUAGGUGUGGCAGAAAAGACACAGCUUCUGAAAUUGAGUGUACCUGCUACCUUUAUGCUUGUGUCUUUAGAUGAAGGUCCAGGUCCUCCAAUCAAAUAUCAGUAUGCUGAAUUAGGCAAGUUAUACUCAGUAGUGUCUCAGCUGAUCCGCUGUUGCAAUGUCUCAUCAAGAAUGCAGUCUUCAAUCAGUGGUAAUCCCCCUCUUCCCAGUCCUUUUGGUGACCCUAAUUUAUCACAGCCUAUAAUGCCAAUUCAGCAAAAUGUGGCAGACAUUUUAUUUGUGAGAACAAGUUAUGUGAAGAAAAUUAUUGAAGACUGCAGUAACUCAGAGGAAACCAUCAAAUUGCUUCGGUUUUGCUGCUGGGAGAAUCCUCAGUUCUCGUCUACUGUCCUCAGUGAACUUCUCUGGCAGGUUGCGUAUUCAUACACCUAUGAACUACGGCCAUAUUUGGAUCUACUUCUGCAGAUUUUACUAAUAGAGGAUUCUUGGCAGACUCACAGAAUUCAUAAUGCACUUAAAGGAAUCCCAGAUGAUCGAGAUGGGUUGUUCGAUACUAUCCAGCGCUCUAAGAAUCACUAUCAAAAAAGAGCAUACCAGUGUAUAAAAUGUAUGGUAGCUCUCUUUAGCAGUUGUCCAGUUGCUUACCAAAUAUUACAGGGUAAUGGAGAUCUUAAAAGAAAGUGGACCUGGGCAGUGGAAUGGCUUGGAGAUGAACUUGAAAGAAGACCAUACACUGGCAAUCCUCAAUACACUUACAAUAAUUGGUCUCCUCCAGUGCAAAGCAAUGAAACAUCAAAUGGUUAUUUCUUAGAGAGAUCACAUAGUGCUAGGAUGACACUGGCAAAAGCUUGUGAACUCUGUCCAGAAGAGGAGCCCGAUGACCAAGAUGCCCCAGAUGAGCAUGAAUCAUCUCCACCAGAAGAUGCGCCAUUAUAUCCUCAUUCAUCUGGAUCUCACUAUCAACAGAAUAAUCAUGUGCAUGGACAGCCGUAUACAGGGCCAGCAGCACAUCACUUGAACAACCAUCAGAAAACUAGCCAACGACCACAAGAAAAUUAUGAAGGCAAUGAAGAAGUAUCCUCAUCUCAAAUGAAGGAUCAGUGAAAUUCCCAUAAUUAACUGGUUCCUUUAAGACCAGGCACUUAGGCCUUACAGUCCAAACUUCUAUAUUUGGCUAGUAUUUACAACUAGAGAAAUUGUUCAGCAUGGAGUGGAGAGUUGAUUCAUUGUCUCAUCUGCAGAAAUUUGCUGUCAGUAUGUGAGCCACCUGCAGGAGAAAGUGUAUAAUGUUUUGUAAUAAAUGGCUGAUAGCAAUAUGUAAAUGGCAGAGGUGUAUAUAAUAUAUUAAUGUUUGACUGUUAAUUCUUAGGCAAGAAAAUUUUUUUGAUGAAUGUCAGAGUUCUACAAAAAAAUAAUUUUUUCUGUUUGCUGCAUUUGGCAACCAGUAUGUUCAGCUUUGUGGCAAUUGGAUCAAAUCCUUUACCAGAAUAAAGAAGAAAAAAAGGUAACAUUGAAAGAGGCCAUUCAUGUCAAUCACACCAGUAGCUUUGUGUUAACUCUUGUUACUGGAGCCAUGUAAGGCUUUGAAUUACAUGGAAGAUAUCUGAAAAUUGAUGAUGUAAUAACACUGUUUCUGCAUAUUUUUCAUUACCUUUUUAUUCUGGUAAUACAUUAAUCACUUUAGAGCUGUAGUAAUGCUAUAACAUUUAGCUUGGCUUCACACUAAGUUUGUGUAGCCAGUGAGGACACAUUUACCUCAAUGACAGCAGUUUCCUCAAAGUGACAGCUGUAUUGCCCAGAGCUUUUAUUUCUUAUACCAAGAAUAAAUAAAACAAGGGGAGAUGUGACAAACAAGCAGUUUUUGGUUACAUAUAUUUUCUUCAUAUUUAAUGUUUGACAGUUCAGUCUCUUUGGUGGUAUACAGAAUGUGAAAAUAUUGAUAAUAAGAAUUUUAAGAUUUUAAAAUAAAUAUGUAAAAUUUUGCCAUACCAGAAUGUGGGGAGCGUAAGAGAAGACUGUAUUUGGCGCAUUUGUUUUGUUUUUUGGUAUAGUUUAUUAGGUGAACCUUCUAAAAUUUUGCUUCAACUGCAGCCUGAUGAAGUGGACAUCAUCAGGGUUCCACAGUAGUUUGAAAUACCAUUGUACCAAGAUGUCUGGAUGAUUUUCUUGUCAAUCACUAUUUUACUUGAGAGCAAGAUUAUCCCAGUUUCUUUUCCAUUCCAAAAUUCUUAUUGUUGUGAGUUUAAUUAAAUAAUAAAUUUCAAGUUAGUUAAUAUAAUUCUGAAGUACUAUUUUAGAAUAAAAAUUUGUUUCAGCAUUCCAGGAAACUUGUGAGUAAAUACUAUAUUUAAAAAAGAAUUGGUGGGCUUCCCUGGUGGCACAGUGGUUGAGAGACCGCCUGCCGAUGCAGGGGACUCGGGUUCGUGCCUCCGGUCCGGGAGGAUCCCACAUGCCGUGGAGCGGCUGGGCCCGUGAGCCAUGGCCACUGAGCCUGUGCAUGCCGAGCCUGUGCUCCACAGCGGGACAGGCCACAAUGGUGAGAGGCCCGCAUACCGCAAAAAAAAAAGAAUUGGUAACUUUUGAAUGUGCAUAAUAUUUUGGAACCUAUCUAAAAACCAAAUAUCCCUGCAAGCAAAUACAGCCCAUCCGAUACUACUUAAAUAUUUUGCUGUUUUGUUUUAUAGAAAUUAUUUUGCUGAAUUCACACAAAUAGAAUUUGAUUUAAGAAGACUUUUGUCCUGUGUUGUGUUUUUGUUUGUUGUUCCUCUUUUGUUUUCUUUUUACAGACUACAAUAAAAUUAAUUUUUUGUAUAGCAUGCCUUGACGUGCACUGAAUUUAGCAUUUCAGACACGUUGAGUUUUUAUUUUUAAAAUGGUUUGCUUUUUGCCCUUUACCAUACAGGAAUUACAGAAAAGAAAAACAAGUAUUGUUAAUUUUUAAAUUUCCUAAAGUAAGUAGUCUUGUGCUUUGGGCAUAUUUCUGUGGUCAGUCUUUGUUAUUUACAGUAGUUAUGUU